CGCAACUCUGUUUUCAUUAAAAUACUCACCUAAAGGAGGUAAUUUGGAAUAAACAUGGAGGCUGAUGAAUGGAAAUUUCGAGGAGAAGGAAAUGCAUUUCUGGUGCUAACAAACACAAGGGAUGGAAUGGUGUACAGGUUUGCCAAAACAAAACACUGGAGAAAGGGUCUUCUUUCAAAAUGCAACAAGAAUGAAAAAAAUGAAGUUAUCCAUGAAGAAAUGAAAUUAGUAGUUGACUACAUGAAAAAUGUCAUGCGACCACUGCUUGGGUGUGCAUUUGUUGAAUUACCAGUAUUGAAGGAUAUAGCAGGAGGGCUUCCAUUCAGUGAAUCAGAGAUAAAAGGCUUUAGACCAGCCCAGAGGAAGGGCCAGCAUGUGAAGCCAUGCACCAUUCACCCAGCCACGCUGUCAGCUCUAGUCAUGCCAGACCUGUGCUUUGUGAGGGGAGGCCCUGCCUUCACAUCACCCACAAUCAGUGUGGAGAUUAAACCCAAAAAGGCGUUCAUGCACGUACACAGUACGGACACGCCAGAAGAGAAGUCCCUGGUCUGUAAGUUCUGUAUGCACCAGCGAUUGAAGGCAAAGACGAAACAGUGGUCGGAAACCAGUAAAUACUGUCCAUUAGACCUUUUUUCUGGUAAUAGGAGGAGGAUGAAACAGGCGCUCAUUGCAUUGGCGCAUACACCACAAAACAACCUGAGAAUCUGUCAGGAUGGAGAGGAGGUGCAUGGAGCAUGCCGGGACGGGUUUCAGGGCGGAGAACUCUGUCGUGUGCUGCAGGAGGCUCUGGGAGUCUACUCCCCUGUCCUAAGACACAACGGAUACAGCAAGUCAGACAUGUUGGUGCAAGUGUUCAUGGACCUGAUACUUGAGACCCUGCUGUUUGUACCAGACCAGCCCGACGUGACCCGGAGUCAGGCUUGGUCCCCCAGGCCAGCCAACGUCCAGUCAUGUCAGAACAGCCUGUCACAGUCAGAGUCCUUAAAACAAGAUGAAGUAUAUAGCAUACCAGAAGGUUGCGUGCUGGAGCGUAUUCUCUCAAUCCAGCGCAGAGACAGGCUGGACAUUGAUGGUAUCUACCCCAUCUACACAGAUCUGGUCAAACAGUUUAAACAAUCACCUGGCAGCAGUAUCACGUCUAACUUGGAUGGGCCGUAUGACCAGGGAGACUGGCUUGCCGCGAUGUCACAGGAUGGUUGCGAUCUGAUCAUUGAACAAGAAAACCCAGUCAACAAGGUGAAGCAGUUUUUCGUUUCCAAAACAGUACAGGACUGUUCAAUCAUGGUCGCUCUGCAAAAAGUACCGGCAAGCUGCAAUGAAAAGGACGUUGGACCAUGUGUGACCCUAGAUGGCGGCCAAAGGGUACGGUUCUCGGUUACUGUGGUGGAUCUGGAUCCAAAACCAUUCUGCAAGAUUGAGACGUAUCAUAACCAGGAUGAAGAAAUCGUGAACGAAUACAGAGAGACCUCCAGAGAUGUUACAUAAACAUGAUCAUUUGAAUUGUGUUCUGAGAAAACUGGGCAUAAUGCAUGUGCGUAAAGUGUCGUCCCAGAUUAGCCUGUACAGUCGGCACAGGGACGACACUUUCCGCCCAAACUAGAUUGUUUUCUUAGAAGAGACAUUAUUUAAACAGAAAAUAUCAUAAAAGGGGAAAGUGUCGUCCCUUAUUAGCCUGUGCGGACUGCACAGGCUAAUCUGGGAUGACACUUUACGCACAUGCUUUAAACCCCGUUUUCACAGAGCGAAGAUCAUUUAGAUGAUAUUUUUGAUAGAAAGCCAAUUAAGCCACUCUAGCUUUAAGCAUUAUUAAAAUGGUACCUUUUAGCGAUUAGUUUCAUAUACAACAUGUGUUCAGUAUUAAACAUUUUCAUCAUUUAAUUUCCAUUGUGUAGGAUCAAGUUUUCAUGUAUUAGGCCUAAUGGAAUCUUUUUUUAAAGCAUUUUGUCUUCAAACAAGUUCAUUUACCAUGUUUAUUGAUGAUAUAUAAUUUUGUUUUUGGUAUUUACAAUUUCGUAUAGGUUACAAAAGUCUGAUAAAGAAUUUCUCUUAAUUUGGAGAGUUUCAGUUGAAUUGAAACUUUGCAACUUUGUUAUUAUUUAAACACAAGGGUGUCCAACAAAGUUCCGAAAUUUAUGGUGACCCACUUGGCUACGAGAUGAAUUCUUGAAAGCCAAACAUUUUUUAGCCGGUUAAAAGCAUACCUGCUUAUUUUCAAGAAAAAUAGUGUGUUUCGGAAAAUAAAUAUUCUAGAGGUCAACGAAACAGAAAACGGUAUGAAUGUGGUAUAAACAUUAAACAUAUAGUAUCAUUGUGCACCAGACUAUAAGGGAAUUAGUGAAUUCCCUUAACGUACAUCCACAAGUAUUAUUAAACAAUUGCUGAUAAAAUCAUUAGCUAAAACAGUGUGGAAUUUUAGGUACGAAAACGAAAUUAACAGAUGCCCGUCUGGCAUGCAUUUUCGGUAGCUCUUGCUCCGGGCUUUUUUGUUGGACAUUGACCUUACAUGUCGUCUAAUAUUUUGGUAAAAAAGUGCUUGCUUGCUAUUUUGCCUGAGUGGUUUUAGAGCGAAGUGUAUAAAUUGCAUAUGUUUUAUAUUAAUAACUUUUUGAUGUUUUGCUAUGUACAUAUAUUGGUAGAUCAGAUUUUGAAUGUCUAGACAGGUCAUGUGUUUGACAUUCUAGCCAAGCAUUUGUGCCAAAUAAUUUAAUAUUGUUGCUGUACGUUACCGUCUUGCCUUGUCAUUAAAAUGGCUCUCAUUUUCAUUAUCAGAACUGGGGCUUUACUUCUGGACAGCUUGAUGUCUUGAAAGCUGAACAAUAUUUGCAUAAUAAUGAUUUUUUUAUAGAAACAAUUACAUUGACCUGGUGACAAUAUAUAAAUGGAUAUAUAUGAGCUGCGCUCUGUGAAAAGGGGGUUUAAUGCAUGUGCGUAAAGUGUUGUCCCAGAUUGGCCUGUGCAGUCCACACAGGCUAACCAGGGACGACACUUUACACUUUCAUGGUAAUUUUCGUUUGCAGAAAGUCUCUUCUUAGCAAAAAUCCAGUUAAGGCGGAAAGUGUCGUCUCUUAUAAGCCUGUGCCGACUGCGCAGGCUUAUCUGGGACGACACUUUACGCACAUGCAUUAAACCCCUUUUUACAGAGCAAGACUCGUAUACUUGUAUCAGAAAAAUGGUUUAAAACCUUAAUAAUUGUUCGUACAUAUGAAUCUGUUUCAAUCUUACAUGGAUUUUCUUUCUGUUUUUUUAUCUCAUGUUAUUAGAUGAAUGUUGUUUCAUAAUUUGCAAUAUCUGUGUACUGCAAUUCCAUGUAUGUAUAUUGAUGUAGUAUGCUAUAUCACUUUUGAGUCAUGGUUAAUUUUCAUAAAAAUGUUACAUCACAAUUUUUAGAUAGAUAUAUGACUGUGAAUCAUUAUAAACAUAAUUAUUAACCUUUGGUCUUUAUUUGUGUUGCUUUUUUCAAAUGUUUAUUGUCUGUAAUAAUGAUAUAUAAUCAAUUGUGUUGAUAGUGUCGUAUCUCUAUCUUGAAAAUAUGUUCUUCUUGAGCCGUGUAUUCUGAUUGUCUAUUCCAAUUUCAAGAUUUGGUUACUAUAAAUAUCUUAAAACUUUCAUUGCAGGGGAGGUUAUUUUCUUUUGAAAAAAUGUCAACAGACGAUGUAGUAUCAAAAAACUCAUAAAUAAACAAAUUUGUGUUACCCAGGAACACUAUAGGAACAAUACAUAAAAGAGGAAAUAUUUUAUAAGAACGUAUUGAUUUCUGAUUAAUUACAAUAUUAAUCUGUUUUUGUCUCAUUGUUUAUCAGCAAAACGAUGUUGACUGUGUGGAAACUUUUUACCGUAAUGACUGCAUCACGUGGGAACUUUUCUAUCAAGUGAUUUAACGCGAUCUCUAUAACCAUGAUUCAAAAAGAACCUUCCAUAUUUUGAUUUUAUCCAAAAAUAUUAUGCAUGUUUUUACAUUUUCACAUUUGGCAUACUUUUCUUUUCAUUGUAUGGUUGGUCCUUGUGAUCAAUUAAUAUUAAUGGCGUGGUUUAAAUGAUAUGUCUUUAUGCAUCAUUUGUCUUGUACCUUUAGGGUAACAAUUUCCUUUAGAAAAAAAACAUGCAAUAGCAUUCUUUAUUUAGUUACUUUUUAAGUCUUUGUAUUUUCGAUAGAUGCUAAAAAUGCAAUUCACAAGUCAGAAUCAUCUUGAACACAAAUAAUGAGCCAAGUGUUAUAGUAUUUGAGGUAUGUUUUGUAUUGUCGGAAUGUUGAUAUGUUUUUAAGAUUGCAGUGUUGUAAAUGUUGGUAUUUAUAAUUAAAACAUGUCAUCGGUUUGCAUAUAAGGAUGUUAUCGUUUUAAGGAGAGUUUGUUGGCUUGUAUUGGUUUGUAUGUUCCAAAUGAUACCUUCAGAGAAGGUUAUAUGCAUAUUGUAACACUUGUUUUUAACUUACAGUCCAUUUUAUAUCUGUUAUUAGUAAAGGCUUGUUAGAUAUUGAUGUUAUAAGGUGUGUCUUGUAAGACUUGAGUCUCGCUCUGUGUAAAGGAGGCUUCAUGCAUGUGCAUACAGUUUCAUCUCUGUUAAGCCUGUGCAAAGCGCACAGGCUAAUCUAGGAAAAUGCUUACUGCUUUAUGGAAUUUUUCUUUUAACCCUUUCCCACUUAGAUACAUAUUUUGACGCAUUUGUACUCCCUUUGGAAGUUACAUUUAAUUAAAGACCUUUCUUACUAGAUUCAAGCCUUAAAGGGGUCAUUUCCAACCCUUAGAUACUGUUGAGCAGCAAACAGCAUAAAACCUGAACAGACUGCGAGUUACUCGCAGGCUUUUCUGGUUUUAUGCUGUUUGCAAACGCCUUUUUUUUCUGAGUGGGAAAGGGUUAAUGCAAGUGCAUAAAGUGUCAUUCAAGGGCCGUAUUCACCAAACAAUUCCUAGACUUAAGUCUAAGAAUAAAGAAAAUUCUUUAAAUUAUAAUAUUCAAGAAUUUCUUUAAUUUUGAGUCAAAUUCUGCAGUAAACAUCCCUAUCUAUAUUAUUCUUCAUAUAGAACAUUUUGUUAAUGACAUAAUCACCAGUGGAGGCCUGUAUAUAUUCAAACACUGAACACAUUUUUCUUGGUUCUAAGUCUAUUCUUUAUUCUUUAGUCUAAGAAUCGGUUGGUGAAUACGGGCCCCAGUUAAGCCUGUGCAAUUCCCACAGGCUAAUCUAGGAAGACACUUUCUGCUUUAAUGGAUUUUUCUUUUAAAGGAAGUCACUUGAGGCACAUGCCUUGAGCUAAGUUUUCCCACAUAGAGUCUAGAACGGAUCAGUUUUUUUGUAAUAUUGGAUACGGCUAAGGUUUGCCGUAAAGGGUUAGGGUCCGGUUGGAUCUGUUGUCACAAUUUAUUUUGUAUCCAAUAUAGACACGACUGUAUCCAAUAUAGACACGACUGUAUUCAAUAUAGACACGACUGUAUCCAAUAUAGACACGCCUGUAUCCAAUAUAGACACGACUGUAUCCAAUAUAGACACGCCUGUAUCCAAUAUAGACACGACUGUAUCCAAUAUAGACACGACUGUAUCCAAUAUAGACACGACUGGAUCCAAUAUAGACACGCCUGUAUCCAAUAUAGACACAACUGUAUCCAAUAUAGACACGCCUGUAUCCAAUAUAGACACGACUGUAUCCAAUAUAGACACGACUGUAUCUAGUGUUUUUCCCAGGAGGGCAAAGGGGCAUGGCGCAUUACUUUCAAAAAGGGCAUUUUAGCGCGCAGUUUAGGCAAAAAAAAGGGCAAAAACGUUCCCUGAAUACCUGAAUUACGGGGAAACAUGUAAUCGCAUCAAAAGCAGUUGUGGAAAAAAUAACAUAUAAACAAGCACAUUUAAUGGUAAUAGAUGUAUUUAACUUACUAUGAUUUAUAUUAAUAUAUUUACCUUGCAAUGUACAUUUAAGUUCCAUACUGUUUCAAUAAACUGUACAGCACGACAAACAUAAUGAAGCAAUAUAUGCAUAUGAAUCUGAUUAUACACAGAUUCACUAACAUAUAAAUGAAACCAUGUUAAAAGUUUGUCUUAUCCCAUUUUCUAACAAUAAUCUCGACAGAUAUUUAAAAUAACAUUGCAAGUAAAUUGAUUGCUAACAACAUGCAAACACUCGUUUCCGUGACAUACAUCCACCAAGUAGAUUACAAAUAAAUAAAUAAUGUUGUUGCUAUCUAAAACAUUUUUAUGCAUCGUUGAUUAUCACAGACAUUUCAUUAAUUCCUUCUUAAUGUAUAAUCUCCAUCGUUAAUUCGAUCGUUUAUGACAUUAUUUGCCAUUUUUGCCGAGUCACAAUUUAAUUCUGUAUAGUCCGCCAUGUUGAUUAAAUGUCAAAUGAUGUAAGCGACAGGUGCGCAUAGCAACGUUAAAUCGUAUACGCGAUGAGCAUUUUGUUAAAUAAGUAUAAGUCUCAGUAAUUAUUUCAAUAAUUAGAUCUAAUUAUCUUAAAGACGAAAACGAUAAAAAAUAAAUUUGUUUGUGAUUUUAAAUGUAAUUAUGCGUAAAAAUAUGUUUUGAUAUAACUGAAUAAUGCAUGCAAUGCACAAUUGCCACGAGAAUAACAUCGAGUUUUUCAUCAAAAGAGUCCGAAGAUAACAUAGCCUCUGGCAUAAUUGAUUGAUACUGACACGGGGUUAUUCACGCAUGACUAAUUCACAGCUUUGGAGCAGUCAGUAAGACCUACCUAUAAAUCGAGCACCGUUAUAGAUUAAAUCUGCUCAAUUAAUUACGUCGAUUAGACGUUGACGUCUCUCGAGUAAAUCAAGCACAGUCGGAGCGUCACGGACAAUCAAGGAAGCUGAUUUUGCGGACCAAGUUAUAUCAUAAGGCAAUAAAGAUGUUUUCGAUAAGGGCGCGUGGCGAAAUUUGCCUUUGAAAAAAAGGGCGCGUGGCGAAAUUUGCCUUUGAAAAGGGCAGCGUGGCGAUCUGGGAGGGCGGCGUGGCUUUUCGCCACGCUAAAAUGGCCUGGGAAAAACACUAGUAUCCAAUAUAUACAUGUUUGUAUCCUAUAUAGACAUGACUGUAUCCAAUAUAGACAUGUUUGUAUCCAAUAUAGACACGACUGUAUCCAAUAUAGACAUGUUUGUAUCCAAUAUAGACAUGUUUGUAUCCAAUACAGACAUGUUUGUAUCCAAUAUAGACACGACUGUAUCCUAUAUAGACAUGACUGUAUCCAAUAUAGACAUGUUUGUAUCCAAUAUAGACACGACUGUAUCCAAUAUAGACAUGUUUGUAUCCAAUAUAGACACGACUGUAUCCAAUAUAGACAUGUUUGUAUCCAAUAUAGACACGACUGUAUCCAAUAUAGACACGACUGUAUCCAAUAUAGACACGACUGUAUCCAAUAUAGACACGACUGUAUCCAAUAUAGACAUGUUUGUAUCCAAUAUAGACACGACUGUAUCCAAUAUAGACAUGUUUGUAUCCAAUAUAGACACGACUGUAUCCAAUAUAGACACGACUGUAUCCAAUAUAGACACAACUGUUUUCCCAGAGCGGGGCUCAUUUGGUUUAUUUUCUUUUGUGCAAUAAAUCAGUUGUCUCUUGCCUAGGAUGUUUUUUGACAUGUGCUAAAAUCAAAUGAUUUUUUGUGCUCAUUUUUGUUAUGUUGGGAUAUUUACGUAUGUGCACAGUGUGACAGAGUACUUCAGAUAGUUUUGCUCUACUGUUUUUUAUUGCAAUAUUUUUUACCCGGCGGUGCAGAUUUUUUUAUGUUUGCCAGUUUGGUGGACAUGUAUUUAAAUAAUUGUCUUUGAAGAAAUAAGACACUGUGUUAUAUGCUUUGCGGACUGAUUUCUGUUUGUCCUGGAUUUUUAGUCCUCUUGUUGUGUUGUAUUAUCUUUUCCUAAGAUUCUUUGGUGACAUUAUUUUUUUUUUAAAUGUUGUUGAGUAUUAUGUUCCGCAAUAUUUUUCAAGGAGCAAAUCCAGUGAAUAUGGUUUGUGUCAAUUAAAAAACAUGGCCGCAACGUGAUAGGGAGUGUUUUAUGUGGCUAUUGUUAAACCAUUUGAACACUCUAGUUUUCACAUAUCUGACACACUAAUCAUUAACUUGCUCAGAACAUUAAAAAGAUAAUUGUGUUGUGAUGGUGUCAGGGCCAAUUACAAGUGUUGUUUGUUAAAAAACAUGGCUGCCAGGUGUUUGGUUAGUUUUAUUACAAGUGUGGUUUGUUGAAAAGAUUGGCUGCCAGGUGUUUGGGUAGUUUUAUUACAAGUGUGGUUUGUUGAAAAACAUGACUGCCAGGUGUUUGGGUAUUAUUCUUUAAAAGUAGAUUGUGAAUCUCUGAGAAUAAUAAAGUUCUUUGGAUGGCAGGCUAGCGGAGUAGGGCCUAUGGCCCUCUUUUACAUUUGUGUCAUUCUAUUCUAAUGAAGGCCAGUACCAAAUGUCUAUACCAGAUCAUUUUGAUGCCAGGAUGCCAAGUAUAUUGCAGGAAAGCAGUUAUCUGUAAUUUUACUUCUUUAAUCUUAAAUUUCCCUCCAGAUAAACCAUCACAGUCUGUAUGUUAACCCUUUACCCUUUAUAAAUGCAUUUUGAAACAUUUGAAGUCCUUUCGAAAAUUAAAUUAAAUUCAAGUCCUUUCUUAAUAUAUUAAAGUUUGAAAGGCUUCAUUUCCAACCCUAAGAUAAUGAUGAGUAGCAAACAGCAUAAAACCUAAACAGGCUGUGAGUUACUUGCAGUCCGUUUUGGUUUUAUGCUGUUUGCACAUAGGCUGCGAUUUACUCGCAGUCUGUUUUGGUUUUAUGCUGUUUGCACAUAGCCAUUUUAACUUUGCUGCUUAUGGGGAAAAGGGUUAAACAUUCUAGACCUAUUAAUGAAAAAGAGCUUCCUUCUGAUAUUAUAUAAGAUGCUCUAAAAAACUGACAUCGAAGUCUAUAUUGAAAAUGGACCAAAACUGACAUAUCUUAAGUAUAAAAUAUAUACAUAUUUAUAUUCUCUCAACAUUUGCCAAUACCUUUUUUCAAUAUUUAUAUUAUGUUAAUACUCAUUGAAUGGCAAUUACAAUAAUAUAAAUUUAAGAUUUGUGCCUGUAGUUGCCAGUUUGUGCGAUUUUUUAAUGUAUUGUCAAUUUAAAGAUAUUUGAACAUUAAAUUAUUUAAAAAAGUUUUCAUGACAGUUUAAACCCAAAACAAUUGUGAAAAAAGAUUUUGUACUUCACAGUUCUGAAGCUUUGCUAAUAUUAUUAGUUACACUGUUCGUAACUGAUGGUGUAUGGGAUAUACACCCUCAGUAAUUUCAUACCAUACAAUUAUAUCUCAACCGACUACACUAUUACUCCGGAUGUAUGGAAAUCACUUGGGUUGUAUGGAAAAUACACCAUGGGCAUGUGACCAUUCUUAGCCAAUAGGAUUAGGUCAUUUUUGUAGGAGGUGAGAUAUUGGAACAUAUUGCUAUGCUGGAGAUAUUUCCCUUUGAUUCAUAUUCAGUAUUCAAUUAAAGCAUUUUCAUUACUUUUUAAUUGAUUAUCUCAUUUAAUAAAAAGGUCAUUUAUUGUGCUUAUCAAUAUAAUUGCAUUAUCUGGAAUAAUCUUAAAUAAUCAUAAUAUAAGGACCAAAACCAUUUUUCUUUGCAUUAAUAUAAACCACGGAGCGUAUGUUGACUAAUCUAGAGUCCGUGUAUAGACACAGGAUCUUUGGAAGCCGUAUUUAAAAUGCUGGGCUUCUAAGACUUAAGAAAUUCACAGCAAAUGUUUUUAUAUCUUAUGUUACUUAUGGUACACAUGUUUUCCAAAAUGUUGGCGAUAACCAUCACAAAGGGUGUAUAAUGUUGUAUGCUUUUAUGGAAGAUAAAAUGUAGGCGAUAACCAUCACAAAGGGUGUAUAAUGUUGUAUGCUUUUAUGGAAGAUAAAAUGUAGGCGAUAACCAUCACAAAGGGUGUAUAAUGUUGUAUGCUUUUAUGGAAGAUAAAAUGUAGGCGAUAACCAUCACAAAGGGUGUAUAAUGUUGUAUGCUUUUAUGGAAGAUAAAAUGUAGGCGAUAACCAUCACAAAGGGUGUAUAAUGUUGUAUGCUUUUAUGGAAGAUAAAAUGUAGGCGAUAACCAUCACAAAGGGUGUAUAAUGUUGUAUGCUUUUAUGGAAGAUAAAAUGUAGGCGAUAACCAUCACAAAGGGUGUAUAAUGUUGUAUGCUUUUAUGGAAGAUAAAAUGUAGGCGAUAACCAUCACAAAGGGUGUAUAAUGUUGUAUGCUUUUAUGGAAGAUAAAAUGUAGGCGAUAACCAUCACAAAGGGUGUAUAAUGUUGUAUGCUUUUAUGGAAGAUAAAAUGUAGGCGAUAACCAUCACAAAGGGUGUAUAAUGUUGUAUGCUUUUAUGGAAGAUAAAAUGUAGGCGAUAACCAUCACAAAGGGUGUAUAAUGUUGUAUGCUUUUAUGGAAGAUAAAAUGUAGGCGAUAACCAUCACAAAGGGUGUAUAAUGUUGUAUGCUUUUAUGGAAGAUAAAAUGUAGGCGAUAACCAUCACAAAGGGUGUAUAAUGUUGUAUGCUUUUAUGGAAGAUAAAAUGUAGGCGAUAACCAUCACAAAGGGUGUAUAAUGUUGUAUGCUUUUAUGGAAGAUAAAAUGUAGGCGAUAACCAUCACAAAGGGUGUAUAAUGUUGUAUGCUUUUAUGGAAGAUAAAAUGUAGGCGAUAACCAUCACAAAGGGUGUAUAAUGUUGUAUGCUUUUAUGGAAGAUAAAAUGUAGGCGAUAACCAUCACAAAGGGUGUAUAAUGUUGUAUGCUUUUAUGGAAGAUAAAAUGUAGGCGAUAACCAUCACAAAGGGUGUAUAAUGUUGUAUGCUUUUAUGGAAGAUAAAAUGUAGGCGAUAACCAUCACAAAGGGUGUAUAAUGUUGUAUGCUUUUAUGGAAGAUAAAAUGUAGGCGAUAACCAUCACAAAGGGUGUAUAAUGUUGUAUGCU